AUGCCAACCUCCCCUCCCAAUUGGGAUGGGGUAGCUGGGAUGGUGUUCUGCUUGAUAAAUCGCCACAUCCCCAUCCUCAGGGUCCGCGGCCUACCGCUAUCAUUCUCCGCCAUUGCACUUCUUCACAUCUACUGGAUCUCAGGCCAGAUCGCAUAUCCAAUUAAUCAGACUGUACAAACUGUUCUCUUCUAUGAUAUUCGGUACUUUUCAAUGGGCAUCUACUUGCCCCUCGGCAUCGCUCUAUUCCAUGCUUCCAACAUCCGUUUCCUUCAUGUUGCGAAGAUGCAGAAGCAAUACGUUCACCCGGAACUACGGACGGAGAGAAGGAGAAGUUGCAGCAAUUCUUCCUGGCUAUCUCGCUGGAACAAGAUCGUUUACAUGAAAAGAACCCUAUUUCUAAUUGGUCUCGGCAUGGUAUUACAGUUUCUUGUUACCAUUGCGAUGUGGCUCGCUUCCAAAAAGUAUCAUCCGACCUACGGUAUUCCCGGGACAGAAAUCCACGGCACCACAAUCGAUGAGCAAGUCAUAUAUCUAAGUCGGGGCUGGGAGUGGUGGCCUUCCCUAUUUUGGCAGGUGAUUUGGACAUGGAUUGUUGCUCCGAUUAUGAUCUGGCAAGCCUGGGGAAUCCACGAUACAAUGGGAUGGCGCACCCAAACUAUUGGCUGUUGCAUUUCUAGUCUUCAUGCGACUCCCAUGUUCUUAGUCGCAACGUACGUGCCGGCCUUUGAAAAAGUCAAUGUCUAUUGGAUUUCGAGUCAAUGGAUCAUGAUCUCGAUCAUGAUGUGGGAAAUUCUCACCGUGUUUGUGCCUAUCUUCCACGUCGUCAGGCUAUGGGCCUUGAACAAGAAAACCAUCAACUCGACAAUCAAAUAUGACUCCAUAUCGUUGUCAGCAUUAAACAAAGUACCCUCGCCCUCACUCGAGCUAAAGGCAAAAUCUUCGUUCAAAUCAACAUCAUCAUCAAAAGCUUCGUCUACACUCGAGAGGGGCCAAGCGCUCGAAUUCUUCAACGAAGGCAUGGUCGACAGAAUGUACACAAUGGAUGCCCUCGAGCACGCCCUGAGCAACAACUCAGACCAACUCCAAGAAUUUGCCGCCUUAAGCGAUUUCUCCGGCGAGAAUAUCGCAUUCCUAAGCGAAGUCUCAUUGUGGAAGUCCUACUGGCCAGAAAGCCUGGAUGAAAAGCACUUCCUAGAUGCAUUCAACCAGGCCUUGCGCAUCUACGUUAACUUCAUCAGCACGCACGAUGCAGAGUUCCCGCUGAACAUAUCUUCCAAACCACGGAAGUACAUGCAGUCUAUUUUUGAACAGCCGGCUCGAAGCCUUUUUGGAGAGAAGACUGUCGACCAUUCUUCGCCGUUUGAGGUCGAUGCCUUUGUACCGCCGCAAGAGUUUGAGGGCGUGCAGAUGUCGUAUGCGAAUAGGUACACGGGAGAUAUUCCCCCGGAUUUUGAUAUGGCUCUUUUCAAUGAGCUUGAAGAUGAGAUCAAAUACCUUAUCUUGACAAAUACUUGGCCUAAAUUUGUUGAGUCCAUGCGAAGACGAUCGAGCGAUACAGAGCGCAGCGAUUUUACUACACAAUCGGACUCAUCUCUCAAGAGCUGGAUUUCGAACCAGCGGUUGAAGAUUCGAUCUUUGCUUUGA